AUGGAGGGCUUGUUUUUCAACGUUAACGGCGGUUACAUUGAGGGGAUUGUCCGAGGGUAUCGGAACAGCCUCCUCAGCAACCAGAACUACAACAACUUGACCCAAUGCGAGACUAUCGAUGAUGUCAAGCUUCAGCUGGGUCCCGCAUAUGGGGACUUCCUCGCCUCACUUCCUCCCAACCCCUCGACCUCCUCCCUCGCCGGCAAGAUGACCGAUAAGUUGGUUGCAGAAUUCCGCUAUGUUAUCGCUCAAGCUACGGGUUCCAACGCCAGAUUCUUAGAGUAUCUGACUUACGGAUAUAUGAUUGACAACAUUGCACUUCUCAUCACUGGCACUCUACAUGAGCGGGACACCCGCGAGCUCUUGGAACGAUGCCAUCCCUUAGGAUGGUUUGAGACUCUGCCCGUGCUUUGCGUUGCCACCAACAUCGAGGAACUGUACAACUCUGUCUUGAUCGAAACCCCACUGGCUGGAUACUUCAAGGGGAGCCUUAGCCACCAGGAUCUCGAUGAGUUGAACAUCGAAAUCGUUCGCAACACCCUCUAUAAGAACUACCUCGAGGACUUCCACAACUUCGUCAACACCCACCCAGACUUUGCGGGAACUCCCACGCAAGAAAUCAUGUCUGAGAUUCUGCAGUUUGAGGCAGACCGGCGUGCAAUCAACAUCACCUUGAACUCUUUCGGUACCGAGCUUUCGAAGCAGGAACGGAGAAAGCUGUACCCCGAGUUCGGCAGGCUCUAUCCCGAGGGAUCGCUGAUGCUCUCCCGGGCUGACGACCUUGAGGGUGUGUCACUCGCUGUCAGCGCCGCUGCAGACUACAAGGCCUUUUUUGACGCCGUGGGCUUGACUCAAAACGGCGGCGGAGGACUUGGUAUGGGUGGAGGCGGUUCGGAUGGAAAGAGUUUGGAGGAUCUGUUCUACCAAAAAGAGAUGGAGAUGUCGAAGGUUGUGUUCACUCGCCAAUUCACCCCGGCCGUGGUCUAUGCGUGGAUGAGGUUAAAGGAACAGGAAAUCCGCAACGUCACCUGGAUCGCCGAGUGCAUCGCUCAGAACCAGAAGGAGAGAAUAGGAAACUUUAUCUCUGUCUUCUAAGCGACCUUUCUCCAUAAUUCCCGUCAUGACAAUCCCCCAUGUUUUUUCUACAUUAUAAACCUCAUCAUAUCCUCCAAACUCCCACACCUCCCUCCCUUCAAUUUCGCUAUUCCAUUGUAUCUAGCUCAAGUUGGUUUUGGUUUUUUGUUUCAUCGUCGUUUAUCGAGUACCCGGUCUCUGUAAUGAGCGCAAAUCUCCCGGCAUAUCCGUGCCGGUUUUUUUUUAACUGUGAUUUCUACUGUCCUUUGCCUAAGGCGUUUGGAGAAUCCUGAUUCAUGUGACAUAGAUGGAGAAAAAUAACUU